AUGCAAGUAAUAACGUCAGAUAAAAUCGGUUUAAUACAAUAUAUAAAAUGUGCUGAGGGGAAUUCUAUAUUUGAACAAAAACUCCCUGCUGAUUUAAAUAGAAAAAUUAAUAACAUGACAUGGUCUGGUGGAUAUGGAGGAUAUGAAGAAUCCGAAAUAACCAUAUGCAGAGAAAAUGGUCUUGUGGAAUCAUUUCAAUUUUAUGAAAAUGUAGAAAACCCAUAUGUUAGUGAUACAGCAUCUUUAUCAUUCCUAAGUUGUAGUAACUGCAUAUAUACAAAGAUGCUAAAUCAUCAUCAUAAUGUAAUAUAUGAAGAUAUAUUAAAUGAACACAAAGAUAAAUAUACAAACUAUUUAAACUUUAUGCCUGUAUAUAAUAAUAAGGAAAAAGUAAAAAAUGGUAUUUAUGAAGAUUAUUUACUGAAUAGCAGAUUAUUAGUUACUGUUAAUAGUACUGGUCAUGUUCAUGUAUUAAAUUGGGAACAUGACGAAUCUUCCAAAUAUUAUUUGGAUGACAGUUUAUAUAAAAAUAAGAUAGAAAAUGAAGAUAUACAAAGAAAAAUGCAACUUUACUGUGAAAAUUAUAAAAAGGAUGUAUUAAAUAAAAUUGAAUAUAAAAAGAUUGAUGACAAAGAUAGUAAUAAUAAUAAUAAUAAUAAUAAUAGUAAAAUUAUUACAUGUAGUGAAUAUGAACAUGUUAAUUUACAAAAUAUAUGUAAAGACUAUCAUUAUAAUAAUAUGAUAGCAAAAGAAAACAUAUUACAAUCAUACAUUCUAAGUAAUCCAAUAAAUGCAGCAUGUGUUAAUGAAUUAUUAACAAAUAGACUAGCUAUUGGAGGAUAUAAAAAUUGUUUAAAAGUUUUCGAUUUAUUUACUGGUACAUAUCUUUGGAAAUCCAAAGGAUUAGGUGUUAGUUUAUUACAUUUAAAUUGUGAAACACUUAUAAAAUCAUUAACCUUUUUGAAUGAUAUUAAUGUUAAUAUAUUAUGUGCUUCAACAUAUGAUCAUAAAAUUAUACUUUAUGAUAUGCGAUGUCAACCUAAACCGGUUUAUAUCUAUGAACAUUAUAAAACACAAAAUGUUAUCGAUAAUAAAUAUAAUUAUUUUGAUCAUAACUAUUCAGAGAGUGAUUUGGUUUUUACUAAUAUAUGUAAUACUUCCCAUAUAUGUUCUGAUGAUAUGGAUACAAAUACAUUAGAUAUGAAAGAUGAAAAAAAUAAAAAGGAAAAUUAUGAUAAUAAUGAUAAUAAUGAUGAUAAUGAUAAUAAUGAUAAUAAUGAUGAUAAUGAUAAUAAUGAUGAUAAUGAUGAUAAUGAUGGUAAUCAUGAAAAUAAUUAUCAUAAGGAUGAUGACCAACGUACUUAUAAUAAUAAAGAAUCCAUUUUUAUCAAAUUUAAUACUAACCAAAUACAACUUCAAAAUUUAGAGGUUUUCAAUAAAUUGAACGAACAAAAAAUUAACGAUAUACAAGCAAUAAAAAAUAAAAAAAGAAAACUAACACAUAAUAACCAUGCCUUAAAUACAACUGAAAAAGAUAUAGUACUACGUAAUGAAAAGGAUAACACAGGAAAAACUUAUUGCAUAAAAAAAUUCUCCUAUAAUGAUAAUCAAAGAAUUUAUGUUUCAGAUAAUUAUGGAAGUGUUUAUAGUUUUGAAAUAAUAACUGGUAAUAAACUAUUACAUUAUAUAUAUAGAAAAAAAUGUGCAAUAGAAAAAAUAACAUAUGAAAAAAAAAGUGACAACUAUUUAUUAAAAAUUAAAGAUAAAUUAUAUCAAUUUUAUAAAGAUUUUCAAAAUAAUAAUAAAACACAUAUGAGAAAUGAUUUACCAACUAUGUGGGCCAAAAAGGAUUUUGAUCAGUUCCAUAUUAAUCUUAUAAAAAAAAUAAAAAUUCAUAAUGGAGGUAUAUCCUUCCUGUUCUUACAUAAAAGAGGUAAUUUCUUAUGUUCAGCUAGCUAUGAGAGAUUCAUAAUUAUACUUAACACAGAAACUAGAAAGGUUAUUAAAAGGAUACAUGUAGGGCAUGUUCUUACAAGUUGUUUAUUUCAUUCGAAAAUUUUUGAACAAAGUGCACAUCCAAAGGGGGAUAAUGAAUGUGCUAGUUGGGUUGAUUCAUCUGAGGAGGAUGAUGAAGAUGAAGAUGAAGAUGAGGAUGAAAAUGAAGAUGAGGAUGAAAAUGAAGAUGAGGAUGAAAAUGAAGAUGAGGAUGAAGAUGAUGAAGAUGAAAAUGAAGAUGAAAAUGAAGAUGAAAAUGAAGAUGAAGAUGAUGACGAUGAAGAAGAUGACGAUGAAGAAGAUGACGAAGAAGAAGAUGAUGAUGAUGAUGAUGACGAUGAAGAAGAUGAUGAUGAUGAUGAUGAUGAUGACGAUGACGAAGAAGACUAA